AUGGUCGGGGCGGAGCAGAUGGAUGAAAGCGAAGAAAACGUUGAGGGUCAGCAGGAGCUGCCCGAGGACGACCACAGCACUCCCAUGUACGAUGACGACAAGCACUCCCAGCCAGCACAGCCAGCAGCAGGGCGAGCUGUGACAGGAGAUGCGUCAGCGGCGAGCAUGGGGACUGAGCUGAAGCCCGUCAGCUCGUCAACUGCUACUCACUCAGCCGAGGGCUGGCUGCUCUGCCCCGAGCGCAUCUCGCUGUUCACCUCAGAUUGUGGGAAAGACAAUGGCAUCAGCACAGGCAGGAGGACAGGCAAGGAGGCGUAG